AUGCGAAUAAUAUCAAAAUUAUUCGUCACAAUUAUAUAUCUGUCAAUAAGCUGGACAUAUGCCCAACAACAAGAUAAAUAUCCUAACAAAGUGACUAUUGGCAUUCAACAGGGUUAUGGAUUUACAGUAGAAUACUUUGAUACAUAUAAAGUUGUUCAAAACCUAAUAACGAAUGAAAAAUAUGCAUUGGUUUGCUGUAAUCAAUCACUAGCCAACUUUACAUCAGCAGCAUCAACAAGCUACACUGCUAUUGUAAACACGCCAUUGAAUAACGUAGGCAUCGAUAAUGAGUUGGACGCACUUCCGUUUUUCGAGUUAUUAGGUUUAAUAGAUAAAGUCAAAUCAGCAAAACUUAGUGCCAAUAUCACCUCUCCCUGCUUUGCAGGUAUUUCAGACUCACCCAAUGCAACAGUAACAACAAACCCUAUCGACGCCAUCUUUACUACCACCUCCAUCACAAUGGGGGAUAUUAAUACCAAACCUCAAUAUAUUAGCUUCUCCGCUAAAAAUGAUACCUUAACACCACUACAACAAUCAGCAUGGAUUUUAUACAUUGCGCACUUUUUCGAUCUUGAGCAACAUGGCCAGGAUGUUUAUAAUAGCAUUAUGGAAAAAUAUAGCUGUCAUAAAUCAAAUUUGGCCGAGUCGGGUAAAAAAAACAUUGCAUGGACUACGUUUGAUAGUGUGAAUAAAGCAUGGACGACGCAUUACGAACCAUAUGUGCAACAACUUAUCGCUGAUGCGGGCAUGCAACUGGUCAGUGAGAAAAAUCAGACCUCUGUGUAUACAGAUUUGACAUUAUUCCAUAGUGCACUGCAGCAUGUAGAAUAUAUCAUUGACGAUACACCUGCGGCCAACUUCAAUAAGUCUGAUUUAACAUAUGCAGAAUGGCUAACAACAGCAGGGUUAAAUCCUAAUACGAACGCAUACCCAUUUUUGGUUGGGUUGAACCUUUUCCGCACAGAUCGAUUCAUUAGCACUUCAGGUUUCUCAGACUGGCCUAUUCGACAUGCCGCUCGCGCUGAUUUAGCGAUUGCAGAUGUCAUUCACAUGGUUUACAACACUUACGAGCCCACCUAUAACAUGACUUGGUUACGUGCUUUUGCUCAAAUGGAGGAUUCCAAAUUUAUCAAAAACACAAAUUACCCUACCUGCAGCAUGAACACCACAGCGGUAGCGGAGCGUCUUAAUUUAAAUAGCUGUCAUAUAAACCCUUUUAAACCUAACACAACCAUCUCUGCAUCGCCUAAGCAUUCUAAUAAUCACUCUCUAAACCAUAACUUGAGUGUAGGAGCAAAAGUAGGCAUUGCUAUUGGUGUGAUUGUAGGUGUAGCAGCAUUGGCUGUCAUUGGCACUUUUGCUUAUAGAAAAAUCAAAUAUACAGCGGCUAAGAACAAAGAAGGCGCAUUUUAUAGAAUGAGCGAUAUGUAA